GGCUGCGCUCUCGAGCUCUCGCUUAGCCGCUCCACGGCAGUUCCUCACACGGCCUUCGGCGGGGCCCGGAGAGGACUCCCCUCCCGCCGCCUCGGCCUGGGAAUGGGCCCGGCCCCGGCAUGCCCCCUUGUCGACCUCGUCCCCGACCGUUGCCGGCAAGGUCAGCGCCGCCCGGAGAGCCCUGAAGGGGAAGAAGCAACGGUUACAUCAGAUAUGACUACGUGCACCUUAGAAAGCCAAAGGAACGGCAGGAUGUCAGAGUGACGCUCACAAUCUUUGUCAGCUCACUAGGUGGCCUUACCAAGCAUCUCCCUUUCAGCCCUUCACCCAUCUGAAGAUGCUGGUCUACCUUCUGGGGCUGUUGUGAAGAUCGCAGCAAACACAUGGGCCCGUCUAGAAAAUCAUGCAGUCAUCUGGGCACAGGUUCCGUGACGUUGAGCACCACCCGCUGCUUGCCGAAAAUGACAGCUACGAUUCGUCGUCCUCGGAGGCUGACGUGGCCGACAGAGUUUGGUUCAUCCGCGACGGUUGCGGGAUGGUCUGCGCAGUUAUGACGUGGCUCCUCGUCGUCUAUGCAGAUUUUGUAGUGACGUUUGUCAUGCUGCUGCCUUCCAAAGACUUUUGGUACUCCCUCGUCAACGGGGUUCUCUUCAACUGCUUGGCGGUGCUAGCGCUGUCCUCUCACCUAAGAACAAUGCUAACUGAUCCUGGGGCUGUUCCCAAAGGAAACGCCACCAAAGAGUACAUGGAGAGUCUGCAGCUGAAGCCCGGCGAGGUGAUCUACAAAUGCCCGAAGUGCUGCAGCAUCAAACCGGAGCGCGCCCACCACUGCAGUAUUUGCAAGCGAUGCAUCCGGAAGAUGGAUCACCACUGCCCUUGGGUCAACAACUGUGUCGGUGAAAGAAACCAGAGGUUUUUUGUGCUCUUUACCAUGUACAUAGCUCUGAUUUCUGCUCAUGCUCUCAUCCUGUGUGGGUUUCAGUUCUUUUCCUGUGUCAGAGGACAGUGGACUGAGUGCAGUGAUUUCUCCCCACCCGUGACUGUGAUACUUCUGAUUUUCUUGUGCCUUGAGGGUUUUCUGUUUCUUACAUUCACCGCAGUGAUGUUUGGCACCCAGAUCCACUCAAUAUGCAACGACGAAACGGAAAUUGAAAGGCUGAAGAGCGAGAAGCCCACAUGGGAACGGAGGCUACGCUGGGAAGGGAUGAAAUCUGUCUUUGGGGGCCAACCUUCCCUGCUGUGGAUCAACCCUUUUGCAGGAUUUCGGAUCAAGCGGCUGAUACUGAGAGCCAAGAAAGGAGGUCCAGAAUUUUCUGUCUGAGCCUGUCCUCAAAAUCAUGCUGGAACUGACAAUGCACAAAAGAGUAGUAUAUCGUAUUUAUUCUGGGCCAGGAAAAGAAGGCUGCUGUCACUGAACACACAAGUGAGACAUUUUGCUUGUAGCAAGCAGAAUUUUAUACGUUUAUAAUCACCAACAUCUCAUGAACUCACAGAAGCGUCAGCCGGAUGCUCCCCCGUGUGGCUUUUGAGCAGGAAGCAAAAACAAAAACCCCAAGUAAGAUGGACGGUCACACCGGAGAAGCCAAAAUAUCGUCUUACUACUGUAACUUAUUAUUUUACAGAACUAAUUAUGCGUUUUUUUUGUUGAACCCCUUUUAGUUUGAUACGCAUUUUUUUAUGAGUUUACCUCUGCUGUUUUUAUAAGACUGUGCACUGAGGUGAAGGUGUCUGUCACGAUGUAUAAGGUAUAAAUGCCUGAAACCAUUGGUCAAACGCAGUCCUUCUUUUCAUCCCAAGAGUUUUCAGGCAAAGCUCAGUCCCAUAAUGUAACUUCUCUGUUCUGUUUUUUGAGUCCACCGAGCCAUAUUCCUGUACGUAAACCUCUCCCCAAAGUCCUGUAUCUGCAGCUGCUUUGCCAGACUGUCUGAGGGGCCACAAACACCUCAGAAUUUCCCAAGGCUCACCAUGGGUCGAAUUGUUUGGGGGAUUUAAUUUUAAAUGUUUAAAACACGCAGCAAUCCCACUGCAAGGCUGUCGUCUGCCCUCCAACGUUUGUGCCGAUUUGCACAUCCUGAUAAUGAAAAGGAUCCAUUUCUGCCCCUUGGGUGCACUGAAGGAGGGCUUUGUCAGCUUGCAAAGUAAAUGGGGGGCUGCUGUGGCCAGAGUCUUUCUGUUGAUUUGAAAGGCUCUUGAUGUGAAACCAACCACUUCCAAUUUCGUUACCCUUUUUUUUUCACAAAUCCCUCUACUGUGUUUGCAUGAAAAGCUGCCCGUACUUCAGGGUUGGACUGGUGAAGUUGCCACUCCAGACAAAAUAAAUAGGUUUCGUAUUUCAGUUUUACGGUGUGACCUGCAAGACUCUGAAGUGGGACAGCUCUUUAAACAAGUUGGCUGCUGCCCAGAGUGAAACGUGCUGUUUAGAAACUAGCUUUUCUGGUUCUGGAGAGUCAUAAUUGCUCACCUCGUGUGGCUCCCGUUCUAAGCUUCACAGGUGCACAUUGCUACGCGCGCCUAGCUCACGCAUGUGCAAGAUUUCACGUUCCCUUCAGCAGCAGCGCCAGCACCUCUGCAUGCGGAAGGGGAUUCAUGAGCGACGCUUCUCAGCUUUUUGCGGGUGCUGGUGGGCCCUUGCACAUGAGAGAGUAUCCAGUGUACAUCAGAGUUCCCACAAAGGCAAGGGGAUGUUUAAGGGUUGAGCUUGUGGUGUGUCUAGAAUUGUGAUUUCCUGUGUGAUCUUUGUGGCAAGGUGCCCCCUGAUAGUGUUGUGUAGCAGUUAGUAUCGCUGCAUUUGCUUAAUGUUACCACUGAGAGAGGCAGGAGGCAUCAUUAGAAACAAAGCGUUCAAUGCUAACCUGACUCCAAGGGUGGAAAAAUCUGUGUGUGGAAGAUUUUAAAACCCUCCACAUAUACAUACACCCCCCCCCAAACCCCUAAAGGAAUGACAGGAAAGCUGAUUCUAAGGUGAGUUGCAUAUAAACAGCCUUGGCUGCCCUUUGCAGAGAGGAAAAAGGCACUAAGUUUGAAUGUGUUCUUAAAUCAUCAAGGAAAGGAACAGAGCCAGAGGAGAGCGUAAGCUAGAUAAGAGUCCUAAAAUGGCCCUGUUCCCAUUCUUUAAAUGACUGCCACCCAAGGAUCGAAAUAGAAGACUCAGUUUGAAAUUGGAGUUUGAGUGCUUGUAAGGGGAGGGGGGAAGAUUAAAAGGAAAAAAAAACCCCUUCCUGUUGUAAAACUUGCCUUAAACCUAUCAGGGUUGGUCUUUUGCUUUGCUAGUGGCACCACAGUGCUGAAGGAUCUUCUGUCCCAUGGCUGGAGUCCAAAAAAAGAUGUUUGUGUGCAUGCAUGGGUGUGUGUUUCUGUGUGUGUGUGUGUGUGUUUCUCAGCACGCCAUGCAUUGCUGAAGCAUUGUUUACCACUUUUUGCCCCAGUGCUUCCCAUCGCUGAUGAGUCAAGCAGUUUUUCAGCAUAUGGCUUGCCUCUUCUGCCCUGAGUGUUGCAAGCAAAGUCACCACCACUGCCCCAGCAGCCCCCCGCCCCAGCCCGUACAUGCUUGUUUGGAUUCCAGCCCAUGAGUUGGUGGUCCACCUGCAGUAUUAACCAUAAAUCCCUUGUGGCUUAUUUGCUCGUCAUUGUACCCCGUUUCAUAGCAUCUUGGCCCAUUCUAUUUGUUGUGUUCUUUGGGGGGGGGGCUGCUGAGGUUUCGCAUGGAGGGUUGCCAACUCCGAGUCGGGGGAGGGAGUGCUGGCGAUCUGGCCACCUUGCUGUGCUAUUGGCUUGAAUUGGGAUGGGCACAGUGUCCCAAGAUGUGUCCUCAGGGGAGCUUCCCAAUUUGGCACGUUAGGAUUAAACCUGAAGUGUGCAGAAUAGCAUAGGGGGAGAAGGAGACAAGACCGGUCCCACAUGAGGCAAGAGUCUUGAUUUAUGCUGCCGUCAGUCUCCUUUGCUUGGUAAACACAUGGGCAUGGACUGCUCCUCUCCAGUAUGCACGUCAUGUGGGUAUAAAGGGCAUGCACCCUCAACACAGUUGCCUGUAUGGACAGAUUUAUGCAAUUCUCCUAUUUUCGGAAAGCAGGAAUAUGACCUGGAUGGGGGAGCAUUUGUUUCUGUGAUGUGCAUGGUGGAGAGGAGUGGCUUGUACCUCUGUUGCAUAGAGGCUGAACCAGGUCACAAAUAUACUUGCUGUUAAAGCUCCAUAGCCUGUCUUUCCCAACAAGCUAGAAAUGACCUAAGCAGAUGGAACAUGCCACAAAAGAUCCAAACAGUGCUUAAAUGGGUCUUGUCAGUCAGUACCCUCUCAGCCCAGAAACAAAGAUGCUGCAGGGGUUUUUUUUUCUUAUUUAUGUAUUUUUUUUGUUUUAAGUCUGUGCACAUAUUAUUGAGGGAACUUCUAAACAGGCAUCACGGGUGGAGGGAGGAAAUUUUAUAUGGUUUAUAAAGAAGGGUGAAAACUGCAGAACGCUCAAGAAGACCCUGCUGUAUAUCCUAUUGGGCACCUUCAUCUCCUUUGGGAAUUGAUUACAGCUGCCCGGAUCAUUUGUUUAUAUGCUGUUUGACAGGCUAUACUGCUGGAAUUCAGCAAAUUCCCUUUGGAAGCUCUCCAACCUGUACGUGACUUAGCUGAUGCGCGUGUGUGUGUGAAUGGUCUGUAUGAACAUGGAGUUUCUUGGCUUUUGAAUCCCUUGUUCUGUUGUAAAUUUUUUUUAAAAUGUAAAAUAAAGUGACUAAUUGAA